AUGACUGCUGAGCAGCUGUCGCAGCUGAGGGGUGCGGUCUUCAAGAAGAUCCAGGGGAUCCAAGAGGGUACCCUGCCCAGAUUUGACAGCACCACUCUGAGAGGGGGGGCUGCGGUGGUGAGGUGCGCGGAUGCGGAGUCCCUGAAAUGGCUCGAGAGCCGGAUCGGGAGCAUCGUGCCGUGGGAGGGCGCCAAGCUUGGGGUGGCGGGACUGGAGGUGCUGCAAAAGCAGUACAGGGCUGCGGUGUGGGUCCCGGGACCUCCCGUGGGCGCGGCUGCGGUCCUGGGGCUGCUGGAGUGGCAGAAUCCGGGGAUCGUUACCUCAGGCUGGCGUGUCUAUGCUGAGAAUGUGGGGGCUACCUGCGAGGGUAGAAACCUCAUUCUCGGCAUCCCCCAGUCCAGCGUCAACAAGCUUAAGGCGCUGGACUUUAGGCCCCAUCUUGGGAUGGACCGGGUCACUUUUAAAGUGACCGUGGGCCUGACCGGGGUGGGCUUCAUCCAAAUCAACUUGCACCACAGCAAAGGAGCCUCGGCCGUUCUUGCCAGGCGCCAAGCUGGGGUGCACACAGCCAUAUCAUUAAUACAAGAACCUUGGCUGGUCCGAGGCUGUAUUAGGGGUCUGGCGGGGUGCGGUAGGCUGUUUAGGUCUCCGCAAGAGGAUCGGCCUAGGGCCUGUGUGGCCGUUAAAGGGCUGGAGAGCCAGCUAUUGCCAGAUUUCUGUUCCAGGGACUUGGUAGCAGUCGUGAUAGAGGACACCAGCGGGACCGGAAUCAAGACAAGGAUGGUAGUGGCGUCGGGCUACUUCUCACACGAAGAGGACGAUCCGCUGCCAUCAGACCGGGUUGUACGACUGGUGGAGUUCUGCCAAAAGGAGCAACUCCCCCUUAUAUUGGGGUGCGAUGCGAACGCGCACCACACGGUGUGGGGGAGCACGGACACCAACAGGAGAGGCGAAAAGCUGUUGGAAUUUCUGGUGUCCACAGACCUAGAGAUUCUCAACAGAGGCAAGGAGCCUACCUUCGUCACGGCAGUGAGAAGGGAGGUUCUGGACCUAACUAUCUGUUCAAGACAGAUAGCGCGGGAGGUGACCGGCUGGAGGGUCUCUGACGAGCCCUCAUUGUCGGAUCACAGACAGAUCACCUUCAGGUUGGCUAAAGUGCAAGCAAAGGUAAGAACAGUGAGGGACCCGAGGAAGACGGACUGGGACUCGUUUCGAGAGGACCUGGCUGUCGGUCUUAGGGAGUUUCCCAAAAGACAUGGGACCCCUCAAGAGAUCGAGCUGUGCGUCGAGCAUCUGCAGAGGGCUCUCGUCGGCAGCUUUGAGAACAACUGCCCAGAAAGGACAGUGAGGGAUACUAAGGAAGUCGCCUGGUGGAACCCCAAGCUACAGGAGCUCAGGAGUGCUGCACGUCGUGCCUGGAACAGGGCCAGGAACACGAGCCGCCAGGCUGACUGGGACCUUCAUCGAAGGGCUCAGAAGGCCUAUAGAGACUCUGUGGUAAGGGCUAAAAAGGAGAGCUGGAGGAGAUUCUGCGAGUCGGUGGAGGGGAUACCUGAAGCCGCUAGGCUCGGCAGAGUCUUAGCCAGGGAUCGGGACGCGGCUCUGGAGGCCAUUCGGCUCGACGAUGGGACGAUGGCGUCUGGAGAGCGAUGCCUGAAUCACCUGCUGGAGUCGAACUUUCCGGGCUUCCGCGGAGGCCCGGAGGAAGACGUCCACCAGGGAAACUUAAAUCUCCGUAGGGUACGAGGAGAGGACUGGUCUCUUGCGGCAAAAAUCGUUGGGCCGGACAAGGUCAAAUGGGCCGUAGGAGGUUUCAAGCCCUUUAAGUCGGCUGGGCCGGACCGGGUAUUUCCGGCCCUUCUCCAGGAAGGGCUGGAGCAGAUCACCGGGCCGCUCACGCGGACGCUAAGGGCUUGUUUGGCACUGGGCUAUACACCUAGGGUUUGGAGGCAGGCGAGAGUUGUGUUCAUUCCCAAAGCGGGAAGAAUGGGCCACAGCUCCGCCAAGGAUUUUCGUCCUAUCAGCCUAACGUCUUUUCUUCUUAAGACGUUGGAAAGGCUGGUGGAUGUCUACAUACGCGACGUGGUUCUACUGCAGCACCCGCUGCACGGGAAUCAGCACGCGUAUCACACGGGAUACUCCACAGAAUCGGCGCUUCACUCCGCUGUAUCGUUUAUCGAGGAGCAAUUGGAGAGGAAGGGCUUCGUGGUUGGCACCUUUCUAGAUAUAGAAGGAGCUUUUAACAACACACCGCACGAGGUGGUGUGUGAGGAAGCUACUCGCAGAGGUGUGCCGGAAAGGAUCGUGGAUUGGAUCAGAGGCAUGCUUGGGCGACAGGUAACGGCCUCAUUGGGAACAGUGAAGACGCUUCUGGAGCUCACCCAGAGAACUUUAGAGGUGAUUGAGGAGUGGUGCGGCGAGACUGGUCUGGCGGUGAAUCCACUGAAGACCGGGCUCGUAAUCUUCACUCGCAGGUACAAGGUAGGCCCAGUGGAGGGGCCGGUCCUUGGGGGAACGAGAUUAGUUCCAACUGUAUCGACUAAAUAUCUGGGAGUGAUCCUAGAUAGGAAGCUGACAUGGAAGGAACAUCUCGAGAACCGUUGCAGGAGUGUGUGCUCCUACUUCUGGAUAUGCAGAAAGACAUUCGGGCAGACCUGGGGUCUCAAACCGAAAAUGGUCCACUGGAUAUACACGGCGAUACUCAAACCUAUGACCGCUAAGUUAGCGCUGGAGCACGUCAGAGCUCUAGUUUUAAGAGGGGCUCUGGGGGCCAUGCGGACCACGCCGGUGGUGGCGAUGGGGAUGCUGCUUGGCGUCGAGCCCCUCGAUCGGGUGGUAGUGGCGGCCGCGGCGGCGGCGGCCUAUCGCUUAAGGUGUGAAUCAAGGUGGAAGGCAGGAGCCCUCCACACGAGAUUUCCCGAAGGAAUCCUAUCGGGCACCAUUUUUGCAAUGAGACAGGAUAGGAGGCCGGUGAUUCGUACCUUCGAAAGAGGGUACAGGAUAAGCUUCCCCGGGCGCUGGGAGUGGAACGGCUCUAAGGGACCGGUUUCUCGGGACGGGGACGUCUGGUUCACGGAUGGCUCCAAAACGAGUGCGGGCUCUGGAGCUGGUCUUUACUGUCAGCGCGAUCGGGCAAGAAUCGUCGUUCCGCUUGGCGAGCACGCUACGGUUUUCCAGGCGGAGGUGUUAGCCAUCAUGAAAUGUGCCCAGAACCUAUUAGAGUCUGAUAGGGUGGGAAGGCGCAUCCGGAUUUGCUCGGACAGUCAGGCGGCGCUUAAGGCGCUUGAGGGUCCAAGAAUUAACUCGCGACUGGUCUGGGACUGCAAGUCCGUACUGGAUGAGUUGGCGGAGAAGAAUGAUGUCGGCCUAGUAUGGGUCCCUGGGCACGCAGGGGUCAAGGGCAACGAAAUGGCGGACCUGCUUGCUAAGGAGGCGGCGAAACAAGGCUGUUGGGACCUGAACCGGCUAUUGGGAUCUCUUUCUGCCUAG